AUGGAAAUGACAACGAUGGUGUUCAAAUGGACGCGUGCCCUUUCUAGCGAAGGGUUUUCCACUUCGAAUUUAUAUUUUUCAGAAUUGCACGAAUCAUCGUACUACGUAAAGAGAAUCGUCCGACCGCAUUAUGUCGCAGUUAUAUCUAAUAGCAAUGCGAUUAAUGAGUUCUCUUUGGCAACCAGUAACUUUGACAUGUCAUUUGCUGCUUGGCUAGUGAUAUUCAUUUACGAGGAACGCGGCUCCGAUUAUUGUCACAAUCCACCAGGUAACAUAUUUCAUUUAAAAUUCAAUUCGGAAAUAUUGGUCCGUUGCGGUACGGAAAAUAUUUUACGAGAGUGGUAUUCCAUCGAUUCGAAUCGAACUGAGAUCGACGAUGUAGCAACUUGGAGUUUGGAGAAAGGAAUUAUUAAUAUUGCACCAAGUGCUCUUUACGAGAGAAGAUAUAAUUUACGGCGUUUGGUCAUGAGAACCGUUAUAGUUAGGAAUUCACCAUUCGUAAAAAUAAAUAAGAACGGCGAAUUAGACGGCAUGUUCGGUAAAAUAUUAAUAGAACUUUGUGAGACACUUAAUUUUACUUUCGACAUUGUUUCGGAAGUUGAAGAGUACGGAACUUGGAAUCCAACAAAAAAAACUUGGUCCGGAGCAGUGGGAGAAUUAUAUGCCGGCCGCGCUGACAUUUCCCUUUCAGAUUUUUCUAUGACCAGUGCAAGAUUGAAUGUCGUUGACUUCACUCUUCCUCUUUUGAUUUCCAAAACAUAUCUUUACAUUAAAAAACCACAAACUUUCUCCAAUUAUAUUUGGAUUGCUAUAUUCGGAAUAUUAAUUCUUGCAUCGAUAUUACUAGUUUUUCUCAAAAUAAAAGAUGGAACGGAUCGUAACAUAGGACGUUUAUUAUCCGAUAAUUUUCUCGAGAUUUGGGGCAUAUUUUGUCAACAGGGGCUCGCAGAUUUUCCUAAAAGAUCUUCGUUAAAAAUCGCAUACUUCUCUGUAUUUCUUUUGGCUGCAGUCUUAUCAGCUGCCUAUUCCGCGGCUUUGAUAAGCUUUUUAACAUCUGCAAUCAUCUUCUUACCGUUUCAUUCAUUAGAAGGCUUCGUUGCGGACGGUACUUAUCAAUUUGUCGUUAUCCGUGGUUCUGCGGAUUAUGAUCUGUUUGUAAAUUCGGCAGAUCCGCUUGCAAAGAAAUUAAUGAAAUUUAUGUUAAAAGAGGAGGAAUUGCCAUUAACUGCAAUAGAAGGGUUUAGAAAAGUUUGCAAAAAUGAGAAACUAGCGAUUUAUGCGUCCAAUGAGGUAGAGAAAUCUCUUAAUUUUAAAAUACCGUGCAAUGUGAUUUCUAUUGAAACUGGACGUAUCGACAGUUUAGCAAUUAUUUUAUCUAAGCACAAUCCAUUCACGGACGUUAUCAAUUUUCAAACGAAAUCUGUAAUUUUGUUAUAUUCCGAAUCGAUAAGAGAAAUCGAUACGAUGGUAUUCAAAUGGACUCGUGAACUCUCUCGUGAAGAUUUUAUGACAUCGAAUAUGUAUUUUUCAGAAUUGCACGAAUCAUCGUAUUACGUAAGGCAAACUCGACCUCAUUAUAUCGCUCUGUUAUCUAGUUAUAAAGCGAUCAAUGAGUUCUCCUUAGCUACUAACAACUUUGACAUGUCUUUCGCCACUUGGCUAGUGAUAUUCGCUUACAAGGGACAUGGCUCCGAUUAUUGUUAUAAUCCACCAGGUAAUAUAUUUCAUUUGAAAUUCAACACGAACAUGUUGGUCCGUUGCGGUAAGGAAAAUAUUUUACGAGAGUGGUAUUCGAUCGAUUCGAAUCGAACUGAGAUCAAUGAUUUUGCAACUUGGAGCUCAGAGAAAGGAAUCAUUAAAAUGGUUCCUGAUUCUCUUUACGACAGAAGAUAUAAUUUACAGGGUUUGACCAUGAAGGCUGUUAUAGUUCAGGAUUCACCGUUCAUAAACAUAAACAAGGAGGGUGAAAUAGACGGGGUAUUCGGUAGAAUAUUAAGGGAACUUUGUGUAACUCUCAAUUUUACUUUCAACAUUGUCUCGAAAGUAGAAGAAUAUGGUAGUUGGAAUCCAAAAGAAAAAACUUGGUCCGGAGCAGUGGGAGAAUUAUAUGCUGGACGUGCUGACAUUUCUAUUUCAGAUUUUUCUAUAACAAGCGCAAGAUUUAACGCAGUCGACUUCACGUUUCCACUUUUGAUAUCAAGAAAUUGUCUGUAUAUUCAAGAACCACAUAUAUUUGCGAUUCAAUGGUCAUCUUAUUUUCUAGCAUUCUCUCAUUCGGUUUGGAUAGCUAUGUUUGGAAUAUCAAUUUUUGUAACGAUCUUAUUAAUUUUUUUCAAAAUAAAAAAUAGAACCGAUCGUAACAUAGGAUAUUUAUUGUCCGAUAAUAUUUUAGAAAUUUGGGGUAUACUUUGUCAACAGGGAUUGCCAGGUCUGAUAAAACCUUAUUUUCCUGAGAGGUUAUCGUUGAGAAUACCAUAUAUAUCUAUAUUUUUUAUGGCAUCGGUUUUAUUGGCCGCAUAUUCUGCAGCCUUCAUAAGCUUUUUAACCACAGGUAUUCAUACUUUACCCUUUCGUUCAUUAGAGACUUUUGUUGAAGACGGUACUUAUCAAUUAGCUGUCUUUCGUGGUACGGCUGAUUAUGAAGUAUUUACAAAUUCGAAAAAUCCGCUUGCAAAGGAAAUGAUAAAAAUGAUGAUAAAAGAGGAAGAAUUACCACUAACUUUACUGGAAGGAUUUCAGAAAAUUUGUGAAAAUCGAAAAUUAGCGAGUUACACGUAUUGCCGAAUGAAAAAAAGUCUAAGUCCUGAAAUACCAUGUAAAGUGAUUGCCAUUAAUGCAGGACCUGCAGACAGUCUAUCUAUGAUUUUAUCUAAACACAAUCCAUUCACUGGAGUCAUCAAUUUUCACUUGCAAAAAUUUGUCAACAAUGGAGUGAUGCAGCGUUUGAAAGAUAGGGACUUUCAAAAGAAAUUCAAUGAUAUAACGAAUUACCAUGGACCAGUUCCCAUAACAAGCGUAAUAUCUCUUAUUUUCUUCAUUCAAAUUGAUCGUAUCCCGUCUAUCGAAUCAUUAGAAUUUGAUAUGAAAAGGAAGCAAAAUGUGAAAAAUAUUGUAAAGUAUCACGCGACUCCCAAAUGUCAACAGUUAAAAUAUUAAUAAUAACGACAAUGUUCGUUCGAAACGAAUGUUUAUAUUAUAAUUUUCUAUCGGAACAUAAUAAUACGUUCUUGAAUUAUUUAGCACAGUUUUAAAUAGAAAUAGAAUUUCUUCAUUCAAAAUUAAACUUGCAAACGUGUUUAUGAUAAAUUUUCUUUAU